AUGCGAAUGUUAGCAUAUGGCGUGGCAGCAGAUGCGGUCGAUGAAUACAUCAAAAUAGGAGGUACUACAGCAUUGGAGUGCUUACGUAGAUUCUGUAAAGGAAUCAUACGAUUGUAUGAGGAAGUGUACCUGAGAGCACCAAACCAAGAUGACCUUCAAAGAAUACUACAUGUUAGUGAAAUGCGGGGGUUCCCAGGGAUGAUCGGGAGUAUUGACUGCAUGCACUGGGAGUGGAAAAAUUGUCCUAAAGCAUGGGAAGGUCAAUUCACCAGGGGGGAUAAGGGAACCACCACAGUUAUUCUUGAAGCAGUUGCAUCUCAUGAUCUAUGGAUCUGGCGUGCCUUUUUUGGAUGUCCAGGAACGUUGAACGAUAUCAAUGUUCUAGACCGGUCACCGGUGUUUGAUGAUGUGGAACAGGGAAAGGCUCCACGGGUGAAUUUCUUUGUGAAUCAACGUCCCUAUAAUAUGGCAUACUAUCUAGCUGAUGGUAUCUACCCUUCUUAUCCAACUUUCGUCAAAUCAAUUAGACUUCCUCAAAGUGAACCUGAUAAGUUAUUCGCAAAACAUCAGGAGAGCUGUCGGAAGGACAUCGAACAAAUGGCAGGCGCAGAAGAAGCAUUGGCAGCAACAAUUUAUUGA